CACAAGCACGGCAACCACAUCGCUCCCAGAGGGAAGGAGAACGCAUCACAGCAACACAGAUCGCCAUUUAGCUGUAGUGUGGCGAAUCCGAUCAGCGUUGUAGGAUGCCUCUUGGAGAGGAUGGAAAUGGAUGGAAAAAGAAGACUUCAGACAUCAAAGAACAUUAUGACUUCAAAGAAGUGCUGGGAACGGGAGCUUUCUCAGAGGUGGUUCUAGCAGAGGAGAAGAGGACCCAGAGGCUGGUGGCCAUCAAGUGCAUCCCCAAGAAAGCGUUGGAAGGCAAAGAGAACAACAUUGAGAAUGAGAUUGCGGUGCUGCACAGAAUCAAGCACCCCAACAUUGUUUCGCUGGAGGACAUCUUUGAAAGUACAUCCCAUCUAUAUCUUGUCAUGCAGCUGGUAUCUGGAGGCGAGUUGUUCGACAGGAUCGUGGAGAAAGGCUUCUACACAGAGAGAGAUGCCAGCCAGCUCAUCCACCAGAUCCUGGAUGCAGUCAAAUACCUCCAUGAUAUGGGGAUCGUCCACAGAGACUUGAAGCCGGAGAACUUGCUGUAUUACAGCAUGGAUGAAGACUCCAAGAUCAUGAUCAGUGACUUUGGACUGUCAAAGAUUGAGGGAGCGGGCAGCGUCAUGUCCACAGCCUGCGGUACCCCUGGAUAUGUGGCUCCUGAGGUGCUCGCUCAGAAGCCGUACAGCAAAGCCGUGGACUGCUGGUCCAUAGGAGUUAUUUCUUACAUUCUGUUGUGUGGAUAUCCGCCCUUCUACGAUGAAAACGAUGCCAAGUUAUUCGAGCAGAUUCUGAAAGCGGAGUACGAAUUUGACUCUCCGUACUGGGAUGACAUCUCAGACUCAGCCAAAGACUUCAUCUGUCACCUGAUGGAGAAGGAGCCUUUGAAGAGAUACACAUGCGAGCAGGCGCUCCAGCAUCCAUGGAUCUGUGGAGACACGGCUCUGGACAAGAAUAUCCAUGAGUCUGUCAGCGCUCAAAUCAAGAAAAACUUUGCCAAAAGUAAAUGGAAGCAAGCAUUUAAUGCCACAGCAGUGGUGCGCCACAUGCGGAAGUUGCAGCUGGGCACCAGUCUCGAGGGACCCAGUCAGAUAACUCCCACCAGUCCCUGCCAUGGACAUCUGCUACCAGAGGAGGAGGAGGAGGAGGAGGAGGAGGAUGAUUUGGGGAAUGGGGAGGAGGAGAGCUUGUCCCACUACGAGGACGGCCGCCGUGGAAGCACCGAGGGCAGCACGGAUCGGGACAGCCUGAGGAGCUGCACCUACUGCUGCAGGCCAGCCAGUCGCGUCUGAGCACAACCUCCCAUUGUCACGGAGCGCCCAGAGCCCGCCCGCCCAGUCUGGCCAGGAAUGCAGAGUAGUUAUCAGGCAGUGUCCACCAGAGUACAUUCACAGCGAGCAGGUCACUGUCACAGUGUGGAGAAACAUGCUGUAAGUCUUUGUCCAAAAAAAAAAAAAAAAAAGUUCAAAAAAAGAUUCAAGAUACACACUUUUUUUUUUACUUUAUUGCAGAACAGAAGGCAAGGCUGCUCCUAGUCACAGUGAUUCAAAGGAAGGGCCUGAUCAUCCUGAAAGAAACCCCCAAGCAAGCUAACACGUAGUUGUCCUUUGUGCAGCUAUAGCAGACAGCAGUCAUUUGGCAGCGUGUGCAUUACAAGAAGUGGUCCUGGAUGUUAGCUUCGGGAAAGAUCCAAGCCUCUGGAGUCUCAAUCAAAGAGGCGCCAGCAGCCUAAAGGCAGUCUUCUCCAUUCUUUUUGUUCUCACAUUAUCUCUCACAUCUACCUCUAACCGCAGUUACUGUCUGUCCACAUCCAUCUGGCUCACACCCUCUGCAUCACUGGCAGCUUUCUCCGAAAAUCUGGCCAGACGGGGCACAAAGAAAUCGCUUUCUCGAGGGGGAGACUCCUGAAAGCUACUCCUGCAUGUCUUUACACUCCUUCCCCAUCAAUGUGACUCAGUCCAGUCACUGACCAAGUAGCCAGUUAGAUGAAUAGAAUUAAUCUCAAGGCAUGUCUUCACUUCCGAUGCCACCUGCCCAUUAUUCAGUUCGAUCGCUCUGUCUUAUUUCUCACAUGAAGUGUUUCUGUCCUUUUCUGAGUAUUUUUGUUUUUAAAGCCUUUUUUUGGAAGGUGAUUCUGGGGGCUGUGGACUCUAUAUUCUGGCUCAGACUGGGUUUGUGAAGAGAGGUUCUGACCUGGAGUGUCUGCAUGCUUCUGUUGGGGAAAACAUUGACAGUGUGUGAAUAUCAAAAGGAGACUUUUUCUUUUGUUUGUUUUAUGGCUGUUCUGUUAUUCAGAGGCUCAAACUGAGAUCCCCGUAAGUCCGUAAAUCACCGGAAUCUGACCAUCAUGUUAGGAGGAGUUAUUUUGACGGUGAAAUCUGUGUUGACAAUCCUCUGUCACGCUCAUCCUCCCUGUUCUUUUUCGGGUGGGCGUCGAAAUCUCCGCCUGCUGUCAGUCUCUGGGCCUCACGCUGAGUUGGAGGGAUCUCAGUCUGGGCGCUCCGCCUGCUCUGUGCUGUGCACCUCUAGUGGAAGAAGUUUUGGUCUACUGUUUGCAUGACCUGGUUAAAUAUGUUUACAUGAAUGAUGAUCAAUUAGUAUAAACACACAUGAUUAUUAUUACUCUGUUGUAUUGAAAAAUGAUGUAAUACUGUAAUUUUGAGCUAUAUAAUGUGAAGUGAGUAACACCAGAAGUAAUGUUGUUGACAAAAUACAACACAGCACAGUGGACUUAUCAUUUGCAUUGACUAUGAAGGCCGAGUCUACUUGAGUGACAUUUCUCCUGUACUACGUUUAUUUACAACUCGAACAUGUUUUUCAGUCUGUUUUCUUGCCGUCGCUUAUUGUAGAAGCUGUUUAUACCUGUGUGACACCCAGGCACAAGCUGAAAAAAUACACAUAUCUUAAUUUUACACAGGUGCCAGCCACAGUGCAAGAUAUGAAAAAAAAGGAAUAUAUACAUAUAUAUAUAUAUUCAACAUUUAGGUUGAAACAUCACUCAUCUGCCAAGGGAGUAGCCUUCAGCGUGCAAGCUCAAAACCUGUCCCCCCCGAGUAGAUGAACUGCAGUACUAAAGCCAUACAGUAGAUGGGGAUGUUUCACUGUAGAUUCAGAUUGGCACAGAUGAAGGACGGCAACGUUUUGGCAAGAUGUUUAAUGUGGAAAAGACAAAAUUGACCCUUUCCGCGACAACUUGCUGAAAACACUUCCUGAUAUUAAUCAUACCAUACAUUAUAAUUUUCGGGUAUGUCAUGACAUAAUGCUGUAUUAAUAGCAGUUAGCUGUAGAGCUAACCGAGUCGUUAAAAAAUGUGUUGCCCGCAUAAAACCAGUUCCCUCAAUCUGUCAGUGAUACUUUCAGUUCAAUAGUGCAGUAAAAUAAGGCCAUCCCUCUGGAUUUACAUGACUGUAAUUGUGGAAAAUAUGCAAACUGUGUGUGAAGGGCUUCAUGUUAACUGUAAGAUAGCCAACAUUGAUGACUUUGAUAACCUGGCUAUUAUUUGUUUGGUAAUGACCUUAUGUUGAACCUUACCUGGGAUUUGUUUCCACUUGGCUGUGUUUUUUUAAAGCUUAUUUUACCCAUUACAAACACAUCUAAAUGCAUAAAGAAACACGUGUAUAUUAUAUAUAUAAAUAUAAGUAUAUAUUGUAUAUCCUUUUUUUGUAAAAGCUGUUUUGAGCUACAAAUGUAUGGAUGCAAUGCAUCAUGGGUUAUUGAACAAGCUGUAAGAAAAUACAAUGAUUUGUACCCACUGAGAUCUGA